CAUUCACACUUUCUCUAGAUAAUACAAUACUGGACACAUAUUGCAAAGAAACAACAUAAGACACACAAAAACGAGCAGUAUAGAGUAUUUAAAGUCAUUUCUUAUUAUUUAAGCACUGUACAAUCCUAGGUGGUCUUGAAAAAGAAUCGGCUAGAAAACAGCCUUGCUCUCGCUUUACUGUGCACGCUGGAGGCAAUGAUAAUAAACCACCCCAACCGAAAUGCAAAUACCCUCCUGCUUACUUCUCUCACGACACAACCCUAUGCGUUUUGUGGAGCUGGGGAGGGGAAUGACCUCCCCCUCGGGUAACCCCUCUCGGUAUGUGCUUAACGUGACUGAACGGAAGAUUAAAAUAUUAGCACAGAAUGCACAGGAUCCUCUCGCCGGCUUUGCUGAAACAUGGCGAACCACAAUGACAUUUCGCCGUGCGCUCACACAGAGUAAUUUGGCGGCACGGAGCGCCAAGACUAUUUGUUUUGGCAUCCCGGGAAGUAGGGUUUACAACUGCUGUUUUUAAGUCCUUUAGACAGUCAUGUGAUUGUAACGUAACCCGACCGGAAAACACCGACAACCAUCGCCGCCAAUGCUGCGUUUAGGAGGAACAGAGCAGCUGCGAGACCAACGGACAAGUCCCCGGUAACAAACAACAACACGCCAAACUCCACAGAUUGAAGCGGAGGAAAGGUGGAAGCAUGGAGCUGGCCAACCAUGGUCUUAUCCUCCUGCAACAGCUCAACGCACAGAGGGAGUUCGGCUUCCUGUGUGACUGCACAGUCGCCAUUGGGGACGUUUUUUUUAAAGCACACAAGGCAGUGUUGGCUGCCUUCUCCAACUACUUCAGAAUGUUAUUUAUUCACCAGGACAGCGAUUGUGUUCGUUUGAAGCCUGCAGACAUCCAGCCUGAUAUCUUCAGCUACCUCCUCAACCUGAUGUACACUGGCAAACUGGCGCCUCAGCUAAUAGACCCAGCCCGGCUAGAACAGGGCGUGAAGUUCCUGCACGCCUACCCCCUCAUACAGGAGGCUAGUCUAGCUAGCCAGUCAGCCUUCACUCAUCCUGAGCCCAGCAUUCGUCUGUCCACCUCUCUCUAUGGCAUUCAGAUAUCUGACCAGCAGGGGGCGCUGGCCAGCCGCCUCUCGGCACGGAGGCAGCCCUCGCCCGUUGAGUCAGAAAAUACAGGCAUGGUCGAUGGGAAAAGUGCCACAACAAACACCUGUAUCUUGCAGACAGGGUCCGGGUCCAGAGUUCAGCCAGAGCUGGACAUGGAGGCAUCGACAAGCACUGGUCAGUUUGGGCGGGAAGGGUCGGAGGCAGAUAUGUCAGCCCACGAUACCCCUUACGCUUCAGCCAGUGGCAGCAACACCAUUCUUCAUGUGAAGCCCAGUAUAAUGAAGAGAAGCUCCUCAUUCAGAAAGCACUACACCUGCCACGUCUGUGGGAGUCGCUUCAACCAGCGAGCGGCUCUGAGGGAACACCUUCUCUGGCACGCUCAGGCUGUGCCCCCUCUAGUGGUAGAGUCUGGAGGAGCGACUUCCCCCUCAUUGCUCGGAGGAGCUGCCACACCUGAUGCGGAGGAAGUUUUCACGGGCGUCGGGCCGGCAGCAGCCACCCCCAUCAUGGUGGACGUGGCCAGCGACAGUGAACAGCCUCUUUCCGGCUCACGAGUCUCCCCCCGUGCCGAGACGGCUGCCGCAGCCACGGCAGCAGCCGCGAGCUUGUACGCGGCGCAGCCCCAGGCAGACACGCCCCCCCCGUCGGACAUCGCCGACAUCGACAACCUGGAGGGUGCGGUCGACGUGGAGCGGGAGGUUAAGAGGAGAAAGUACGAGUGCUCCACCUGCGGACGCAAGUUCAUCCAGAAGAGCCACUGGCGGGAGCACAUGUACAUCCACACGGGCAAGCCGUACCGCUGCAGCGCCUGCGGCAAGAGCUUCUGCCGGGCCAAUCAGGCGGCGCGCCACGUCUGCCUGAGCCAGGGCGCAGACUCCGCCUACACCAUGGUCGACCGACAGAGCAUGGAGCUGUGCGCGGCCGACGACUCCAGCCAGAUGGAGGCGCUGUUCCUCGGCUCUUCGGGAAGACCCUAUAAGUGCAACGUAUGCGAAAUGACCUUCUCCAGCCCCAAUGAAGUGAUCAAGCACCUGUGCUUCAACCAGGGGGCGCUCUUGGACGGGAGUGUUUUGGGAAUGGGGGUCAGUGGGUUGCAUAGCGACAAACUGGCCAAAGAUGAGGGUUCUGAUUCGUCCAGCGGUGGCCCAUUAGUAUCAGCCUUCAAAACUGAGGAUAUCUUAGUGGAAUGAUUUCGUGUGUCCAAUAAAAUGUGGUCCCCUUUUCUCUAAAUGUGUCACUUUUUUGAGGUCAUCCUGAUGAAGCUAAUGAUAUUGAUAAAAAUUGAGUAAUGUGCAUGUUGGAGCCUCUUUUUCUACUGAAUUUAAUGCUUUUAGCAUUAUAUGCUCUUAAAAAGCAAAAAGCAGGAAAUUUAAAUAUCUUUAUUAUACCGCAUAUAUAUAUCUAACAUUUUUUUUAAUUUGAGGGGUUAAGUCGAGCCAUUCACAUGUUGUAAGUUGUGGUUUAAGCUUUUCCUCUUUAUAACUGCCAACAGGAAGAAGAAAUGAAUCGCAAUAAUCCCACAUCUGGUGUGAAUGGUAGCCUAUAACUAUAAUGUGUCUCCAUUAUUGGCUGGGUGGGGUGAGCUGAUCAAAUUAAAUUUAAGGGUUGGGGUGGGCUAAUUCUCCUAUACCUGCAUGAAUCUGUGAUGGCACAAAAACCUAAAAUCGCCUAAACAUUUAUGACUUUGAAACAAUCGCCAUUAUGGUGCAACCCUUCUUAUGUUCUUACUAUUUUCAUAAUUUUCACUCGCCAAAGUCUGUUGUCCUUAGUGUUGUAUAUUUGUUGUGUUUUUUUUGUUUUUGGUAACACCCAGUGUCUUGUGUCUUGGGCAGCUAUGUGGUGCUUAUUUUAAGCCUUUGGAGCAGAAGUAUCUACUGGAUUACCUUAACAUUCAUAAACUGAUGUAAAAAAAAAACAAAAAAACAAAACAAAACAAAAAAAAACCAGCAGCAAAUAUUUUAGACUUGCUUCUCUCACUAUGCCAUAAUAAACCCAGUUCAAAUCACACAUUCUUCUACUGUGGUUGAAAAUCUAAUAGUCUCAGUCUUAGUCUCAGUUAUCCUCAAAGCAGUUUUGCUUAAUUGUUCAAGUGGUCUCAUGAAGUCCUUUCCAUUAGCAAGAAUCUUCAUCAACAUACAAUAUCCUAUAUGAAGGUAAAGCUAGAGUUAAUGAUGAGGAGUGACUAGCUGGUGUAUUGGUGCGACUACUUGAAUGCUAUUCUGUUAUCUGAAUGCCAAUUUAUUACUCAUUAUGUUUGAUUUAUGGUUUUUGUUUUGUGUGUGUGUGUUUUUGUGCCAACACACCAUUGAUCUAUUUAAUUUAGCCACUGCUUUUAACUUAACCACACAACAUUUGCAGGAUGUCCUUUAGUUUUCUGUUAAUGACCUUUAGACAUUCCUAACAACAGAGGUGCCACCAUGGCUUCUCUGAACUGGCUCUAGCCCUACAACUGAUGUCAAUAAAUGUUUACAGUUGUGCAGGUUUGUUGUUCUUAAUGGCCAUUCUGUUUUAACUUGUUACAAAAUGCAUAUGUUUGUUGAAGAUGCUCUGGGUGAUCCUACGCAUGUAAAUAUCUCAGCUUGAAGAUUUUACUGUUGAUAGCAAUGACAGUCUUUAUUUGCCAAUCCAAUGAGUUGCUUGAAAAUGUUUUUAAAGCCCUUAUUUUUGAGUUUGAUAUGAACUUUUCUAAUUUUAUACACAGUACUAUAUUUACAAAGAAUAUUUUAUAUUGCAAAUGUUGUAUAUUGCAAAAUGCAUCCAGCGUAGACUAUAAUCGAUUUUAGUGUAGCAAAAGUGUAUGUACAUUUGUUGUCUCUGCAUAUGCAGUCUUUCUAUUUGAUAUUUUGGUCUGAGUUUAAUUUUGCAACCUGUUGUUGCUUACUGUUUAUUCAUUGUUCAGUUAGAUUGCUGGUGACAUUUCGCCACUGCUGUCAAAGCACUGAAAUCUUCUAGGGACCUGACUACUCUUGAAGAAACCUUCUGGAGAUCUGACUACUUUUUGAAGAAAUCUGAACUUAAAGCAAUGAGAGGCAACAAAUUGAAGUUUUCCUUCUUUGUCUGAUUGUAAACCGGCAGUGGACUAAGUGCUAAAG